AUGGCUGCUACAGAAGAACUCAGCGGAAUACUCCAGAGGCGGCAGGCGAUAAAUGAAAAACUAGAAGAAGGCAUCGAAAUCAAACCGAAAUAUAAAUUUGUGAAUGUAUUCACAGAGUUCCACGAAUUCUCCAGGAAAGAAAUAAAACAGUACGAGCAGACCUUCAACAAAUUCGAUGAAGGUCGUGACGGUUACUUGGAUUUGAAUGAAGUAAAGCGUAUGAUGGAGCGACUUGGCGCGCCCCAGACACAUCUCGGAUUAAAAGCAAUGAUCUCUGAAGUGGACGAAGAUGGAGAUAAUAAAAUAAGCUUCAGGGAAUUUUUGCUUAUAUAUCGGAAAGCUCGAGCAGGUGAACUCGAGACUGACUCCGGUUUGGAAACAUUAGCAAUUCUCACCGAAAUAAACGUAGACCAAGUCGGUGUAAAUGGAGCUAAAAAUUUCUUUGAAGCUAAAAUCGAAGAGUUAGCUAAAACGAAUAAGUUUCACGAUGAAAUCAUACAAGAACAAGAAGAAAAACGACGUGAAGCGGAAGAGAAGGCCUUGCGAAAACAAAGGUUCAAGGAGAAAACGGCCAUAUUUCAACACUGAUAAUGUAUAAAAUUGAAGUUGUUAUGUAUCUAGUCUUAAGACAUAAGCUGUUACCACUCCGUGAAACGUAUAUAACCCACAACGAAGCAAGUUUUCUAUGUCGUUGAUUUGAUCUGUAUGACAAAAAAUUACCAAAAUCACAAAUUUUAGUUAGGUGUUAUGUUAAAAUAGGUAUAGGUAGGUUAAAUGUAAGUAGUUAAUGUUAUGUAUAGUUUAAGAAUAAAAUAUAUUAUAGCAUCGUUACUAUAGAUAUUGAUGAUUUUUAACAAUAAAUCAACUAAAUCCAUUAUGAUUAUGUUUCGACGGAUAAAAUACGUAUUUUAAAAAAUUUUGCAAGUUACGCACAAAUCCAUAAAUUCAAUUAAAUAAAUAAAACAUUCCCGUUCAAAAAAUAUGUAUAAGUAUUUUCUUUUGUUUUUUUUUUAAAUGUGCAACGGAUUUUCUACAGAUACCUUUAUUUUUUAGUUCUUUGUAAUAUUAAAAACAAA